UGGCCCACUCGGCUGUCGGUCCUCACUCGAUUGCUUUGACCCGCAACAACUAUCCGAUUCUGCAGAGUUGCAGUCUUCAACGCGAAGCCCACGCGGAAGGUCAGUUGCGCAAAGUGGCCAGCACCUUUCAACCCGAACGACCCAUCAACGGCCUACACCCGCAUUCCGGAACGAUCUGACGGCUUUAUUUCACCAAUCGCAAUCCAGACGAAUCUCAACGGCGAUUCGCAGGCUGUUUUGUUUUGUACUGUUUUUUAUUUUCAUUUUCUCCCGUCGGCGUUCUGCAUCUUUUCCAGAUCGGCAGUUCUCAGCGGGUUAGAGAGAGAUAGAGAGAGGGGAGGAUCCUUCAUCAUCCCCAUCCCUAGUCUCUUUUCUACCUCAUCGAUUCUCUUUCUCCAUUAAUUUCACCCUUGAGGUUUAUUUUGGAAUCGGAAGUCUGGAAAUGUCAUCGAUCGAGGAGGAGGCGUUCGAGCACACUCUCCUCGUGGUGCGGGAGGUGUCGGUUUUCAAGAUCCCACCACGUAGUACGAGUGGUGGGUACAAGUGUGGCGAGUGGCUGCAAUCGGAUAAGAUCUGGUCCGGCCGUCUCCGCGUCGUGUCUUGCGGUGACCGCUGCGAGAUCCGGCUUGAGGACCCCAGCUCUGGUGAGCUCUUUGCCGCCUGUUUUGUUCUACCUGGUCACCGGGAGAGCUCCGUCGAAACCGUGCUCGAUUCCUCCCGAUAUUUUGUUCUGAAGAUCGAGGACGGACGGGGUAAGCAUGCAUUCAUUGGCCUAGGGUUUAAUGAGAGGAACGAGGCGUUCGAUUUUAAUGUGGCUCUCUCUGAUCACGAGAAAUAUUUGAGGAGGGAGCACGAGAAGGAGUCUGAUGGUGUGGAGGGUGACGAGAGCUCGAUCGAUAUACACCCUGCAGUGAAUCAUCGACUAAAGGAAGGUGAGACUAUCCGGAUAAAUGUGAAGAGCAAACCUUCUAGCGGCACUGGCAUGCUUUCAGCAGCUGGAAUGUCCGGAGCGGCCUCUAACACCAAAAAACCAGGGGCACUUCUUGCACCACCACCUUCUGGAGGUGGAAAGAUGAGGUCUCCACUACCUCCUCCACCCAAUGAUCCUGCAGUUACUAAGAUGCAUUCUGGAAGCAGUGCUCUCAUGGCCAAUGAAUCAACUAGGCGCUCUGCCGAUCCUUUAUCUGAUCUUUCUCAGUUGGAGAGAAGUUUGCCAUCUACCAAUUCAACCGUGCAUCCAACGAGUACAACAUCAUCAGGAUGGGCAGCAUUUUGAGCUCAUUAAUACGUAAUCGCUAAUCGCCAAAGUUAUUGUACCUAUAAAGAGAAGCAAAUGAGCAGUAAUAGUAUACAGAGCCGAUUCUUUGGCAUUCAGUGUGAAUCGCAGAUGUGCCAGACGUGCUUGGAAGCUUUUCAUGUCAUGAUGACUUUCUCUUUAACUUAAUGGAUUGGAAUGCGAUGCUAGAAAUCUGCAUCCUUCUAUUGUUCGAAUGACCAGUAAUAUAACUAUGCAUUUGUGCUUCUUUUGCUUUUUUUAUAAUGAUUUAUGUCUUGUCUUCUUUCCAAUCUGAAUGUCUUGGUAAUGAAAAAAAACCAAAAAAAGCGAAAUAUUGAAUUGGUUUUAUAAUGGAUGCAGAUGGCAAAAUCUUACCGUUUCAA